AUGGGUACCGGUAAGAAGGAAAAGCAAAGGAGAAUCCGCGAAGGUAAUACCAAGGAUGGUAACCUUCGUGUGAAGGGUGAGAAUUUCUACAGGGACACCAAGAGAGUGCAGUUUUUGAACAUGUACAAAGGUGGUAGAUCUGUUCGUAAUGCAAAGGGUGACAUUAUCAAGGCUGCUCCGUUGCAGGAUACUGCUGCUCCAACAGCAAGAGUGGCUCCUGACCGUAGAUGGUUUGGUAAUACCAGAGUUAUUUCUCAGGAUUCAUUGAGCCAUUUCAGAGAAGCUUUGGGCGAGAACAAGCGUGAUUCUUAUCAGGUGCUAUUGAGAAGAAAUAAACUUCCGAUGUCGUUGUUGAACGAAAAGGAUUCCGCUGAAUCUCCAACGGCAAAGAUUUUGGAGACAGAGCCCUUUGAACAAACUUUUGGGCCUAAGGCUCAGAGGAAGAAACCAAGAAUCGCUGCGUCGUCGUUGGAAGAGUUGAUUUCAAGUACUUCUACCGAUAAUAAGACUUUUGAAGAAAAGCAAGAAUUGGAUUCUACUCUGGGGCUUAUGGGUAAGCAAGAGGAAGAAGACGGUUGGACGCAGGCAGCAAAGGAAGCCAUUUUCCACAAAGGUCAGUCGAAACGUAUUUGGAACGAAUUGUACAAGGUUAUCGAUUCCUCCGAUGUCGUCAUCCACGUAUUGGAUGCUAGAGAUCCUUUGGGGACUCGUUGUAAAUCGGUGACUGAUUACAUGACCAAUGAGACUCCUCAUAAACAUUUGAUAUACGUCUUGAACAAGUGUGAUCUUGUUCCUACAUGGGUUGCCGCAGCAUGGGUAAAACAUCUAUCGAAGGAACGUCCCACAUUGGCAUUCCAUGCCUCUAUUACCAAUUCAUUUGGUAAGGGUUCGUUAAUUCAACUUCUACGUCAAUUCUCACAACUGCAUAAGGACAGACAUCAAAUCUCUGUUGGGUUCAUUGGAUAUCCAAACACCGGUAAAUCCUCAAUCAUCAACACUCUAAGGAAAAAGAAGGUCUGUCAAGUGGCACCUAUUCCUGGUGAAACUAAGGUGUGGCAAUACAUAACUUUGAUGAAGAGAAUCUUUUUAAUCGAUUGUCCCGGUAUUGUACCGCCAUCCAGCAAGGACAGUGAAGAGGAUAUUCUAUUCAGAGGUGUGGUAAGAGUUGAACACGUUUCGCAUCCUGAACAAUACAUUCCAGGUAUUCUAAAACGUUGUAAGAGACAACAUUUGGAAAGAACCUAUGAGAUCUCCGGAUGGAAAGACUCUGUAGAUUUCAUCGAAAUGAUUGCAAGAAAGCAAGGUAGACUAUUGAAAGGUGGUGAACCAGAUGAAAGCGGGGUAUCGAAACAAAUCUUGAACGAUUUCAACAGAGGUAAGAUCCCAUGGUUCGUACCACCACCAGAGAAGGACAAGAUUGAGGAAAAGGAACCUGGUGAUAAGAAACGUCCUGCAGAGGAAAAUCAAGAAGAUCAAGAAGAGGAAGAGAAGGAGCAAGAGGAACAAGAAGAACCUGUUUCUAAAAAGGCCAAAAAGGAAUAA